AUGGCUAUUUCGGCUCUGCGUCAAGACACUGCUAGGGCGGUCAGAUUAGCCCAGGUCAGGGACAAUGGGACUGGUAUCCAUCCUAACGAUCGCCAGCUAGUGUGCAAACGCAGCUGUACUAGCAAGCUUCGAACUGUUGAUGAUUUGAGAAAUGUGGGUGGGAGCACGCUAGGGUUUCGUGGGGAGGCACUUGCGAGUGCUGCUGAGAUGUGCGGCGGAAUUCUCGUAACAACAAAGACGGAUGAGGAAUUAGUUGGUGCUGCUUUGAAGUAUGAUCGUGCCGGACUUCUUAUCAGUUGCACCAAAUCCUCCCACCCAACGGGAACUACUGUUCGCGUGUCUGAGUUCUUGAAAUUUGUCCCGGUUCUCAAACAGACUGCUUUGAAGUGUGCCUCGAAAACAAUUUCCCGACUAAAGAAAAUGUUGAUUGCUUAUGCACUCUCUCGCCCUGAGAUCCGGCUUUCACUACAAGUUUUAGGGGGCAAGAAUCAAUCCCCCUGGAUCUAUGCACCGAAGAAAACCAUUUCUGAUGCAAUAAUGACCGCUGUUGGCCCAGAAGUCGUUUCACAAUGCGUUAUAGUAGCAUGGCCAGAGUCCCAAGACAGCGAAGCCAGCUCGUCAUUGGGGCAUAGAGAUGACAGUGAAACUAAUCCUUUAUCCAUCCGGCUUGUUGCUGUAGUCCCAGGACCUGAUGCUGACUGCUCAAAACUCACCCGUGCUGGUCAAUAUGUUUCCAUUGACAGAAGGCCCAUGUCAACGUCCCACGGCAUUGCGAAAGAGAUCGUAAAGCUUUUCAAAUCCUACCUUCGUUCAGGAUCACUCUGCAAUGGAGGUUUGACAUCACCCGUGGAUCCAUUCCUUUUUAUUCACCUACAGUGCCCACUUGGUAGCUAUGACGCCAACGUGGAGCCAUCCAAGAACGAUGUGCUUUUUGCAGAUUCAAAACUGGUUAUGUCCCUGGCAGAGGACCUAUUCAAAAGUGUUUAUGGCGAAAUCACACCGAAGGAUACAAGGAAUACGGUCAAUACAUCACUAGGAAGCUCUGCUGAUACCGUCACCUUCUCGCGACCAAACGAAAACAAUCCCCAUGUUGCAAAGAAUUCUCAUCAGGCCAAUCCAUGGAUGCUGACCAGAAGCCGUUGUAUCACGCCUCCUAGGGAAAAUUUACAGUCCUAUGCCGCAAAAUCUUAUCUCCUUACACCUAUAUGCGAGGAUGACCGAUUUCCACCAGACACCGGUUUGAUAAACAGAAGUAGAAGGAAUUCUAUUCCAGGUAACCAAUCCUUCCCGAACCCCUUGUCUGUGCAAGGACCAGACACGAAAUUCAUAAAAUACGAUAAGUCUCUGGACCAUGUCAGAAAAUCGCACAUGAGCGAACUAGGCAAUCUAGCUCAAAAAAGCCCUACCAAAGGGGCAAUUCAAAAUAGAGAGUUAGGAGUGUUAGGCUGCCUAGAUGCCUGGUUAAGAAAUUUUCGAGAUCCCAAAAUCCAGCCCACCCAAGAAAACCAACAAAGUGGAAUCUUGCAGGACGGUGAAGUUGGUGAGGAUGGACUUAUAGAACUUGCUACUGCCGGCCGGUUUGGGGAAGAGAGCAGUGAUGGUCCCAGAAGUUACAACCAAAAGAUUUAUUCACGAGGAUCAUCGCCACGUGCAUCGCCAAAUGCCUCCGACGUUGAUAGGGAGAGUGCUCUCAUCGAUAUGCAUAUCGGUGAUCUCGCACCUAACUGGCGAAUUUGUGAACCAACAAGUAGACAUCUAAGCUCUGCGUCGCAAGAGAUGGUUGCUGACGCACUGGAUUUUGAAUACCGGAAGAGGGCUGCCAUACAGGCUCAAAGAAUAAUGCAGCGGCAGCAGGUCUCUUCUCAGACGGCCUUCUUCUCAUCGAAUGAAGUUAAUCGCACUCAGACAUCACAGAGUUCUCCAUAUCAAAAUCGAUAUCUUCGCAUCAAGACCCAAGGACAUAUUAUAAGCGCAUUAGGAAUGCCGUCCCGCAAAAUGCAGCCAUAUCGACAGGCUUAUAAAAGGAAGCGGAUAUUGACAAACCAAUUUCCAUUGGAGACGACACCAGAAGCGUAUAGGCUUCACAGAGUCAUCGUGAAUUGGACAAGUGCAGAUAACGAGACAUCAAUACCUCCGAAAGCAUUGUUAGAAACAGACGAAUAUAUCCGAACAGGACUUGUGCCUCCAUCCUCUGCAUUUUUUGAGGUGCAACCAACGGAGAUUGCUCAGUGGACCGCUCGACUACUGACGUUGAUCCAAGAGCAAUAUCAAUCUGAAAAUCCCGGUGAAGGAAUAACCCAACUCGUUUUCGAUGAGAUUUCAACAUCGCAUGCAACAGCACUCCCAUAA